UCUAGUUUCUCUGUUCUGCUUUGUAAAGCCCAGACUGUAGUUUGCCGGGCAUUACAACGGAAGCUCUGUUGCAGGCCAAUAAGGUUUCAUGUUAACAACAUUGUGACAUACAGUGGUUCCUGAAGCAUGCGUUUGCCGAUAUUACUGGCACUUCUGGGACUUUUCGUCCACAAUGCCUAUCUACAGUCGUUGAAUUGUUAUGUCCCCGCCGACAUCAUGAUUCUUUUGGACGGUUCUGACUCCAUCCAGGACCGUGACUGGAUCAAAAUGAAGGAGUUCGUCAAACUUCUCAUCGAUAAUUUCGAUAUCGCUCGAGACGCCAUUCACCUCGGAAUGGUGGUUUACAGCUCCAGAAUCGGAGACCAUAUCGGACUGAACUCUUUCAAGGACAAAAAUAUGCUUAAGCUUCUAGCAGGUGCUUUAAAUCAUCCAAAAGCCAGCACCAACACAGCCAAAGGAAUCGAGUACGUGAGAGAAAAGUUCAAGAUGGAUGGAAGAGAAGGUGUUCCAAAAAUAGCUAUCGUCAUCACAGACGGAAGUUCAGACAAUCCAAGGGCCACCAAGCUCCAGGCUAAUGCUGCUAAGAACGAAGGAAUUAAGGUCCUAGCGGUGGGGGUAGGGGGGCACAUGUUUAAAGACGAGUUGAGGAACAUUGCGUCCAGACCCAGUAAAAUGUUCACAUCUCCUACCUUUGGGACCUUGAUAACACUAGUUACAGAGAUCAGGAAUAUGGUCUGUCAAGUUAUUACCACUACAACCACGACUACAACGACACCAAAGAUUCCGACAAUGGCACCUAUCUAUGUUCCACCUCCAAAGGACCUGAUCUGUAAUGUUCCGGGAGAUAUUGUUUUCCUAAUGGACGGCAGUGACAGCAUCAGUGACGCUGAUUUCAUGCGUCAGAAAGCCUUUGUUGCUAACAUGGUGGAUAACUUUGAAAUCAGUCCAGAAGCAAUUCAUGUCGGCAUGGUGGUUUUCUCCACGAUGAUUGGAGACGUUGUAGGACUCCAACCAGCGAAAGGUAAAUCCCUCCUCAAGAUUCUUGCAAAGAGUUUGAAACACCCCAAAAUAGGCACCAACACAGCAAAAGGUAUACAGAGAGUUCGAAAAAUGAUGGCGGAAGAAGGACGACAGUUUGCACCCAAACUAGCAGUGGUCAUUACCGAUGGUCGGUCUACCAGACCACAGGAGACCAUCAGAGAGGCAAACCUAGCCAAGGCUGAAGGCAUAACUAUGAUUGCCAUUGGUGUAGGAACAGAAAUCUUCCAGGGAGAACUGAGGCAGUUGGCGUCUUCUCCACAACAGAUGUUUGAAGUCAGAGAUUUUAGUAGACUGGGACAAAUCAUAAACACCAUGAGAGAUCUGAUCUGUCAAGAGAUAAAGACUACCACCACCACUACCACCACCACAGAGAUGCCGACACCACCACCGUCCACGGUGCCACCACCUGAGGGUCUCAUAUGUAAUGUUCCCGCUGAUAUUGGUAUUUUACUGGAUGGUUCUGACAGCAUUGAUGACCGUGGGUGGACCAAAGAAAAGAACUUUGCUGCUAACCUGAUUAACAACCUUGACAUUGGCCCAGAUACAAUCCACGCCAGUGUGGUAGUAUAUAGCACACUGAUUGGUCAAACUAUUCCUUUUAUACCUUUUAAGCCGAAAACCUUGUUAACUAUUCUUGCCAGAAACCUGAAACAACCAAAAGUUGGUACUAACACUGCAAGGGGUAUUCAAAAAAUGAGAGAGUAUUUCCGUACGCAAGGUCGGCCAAAUGCCCCGAAAGUCAUGGUAAUUGUAACAGAUGGUCGAUCCACUAGACCCAGUGCAACAAUAAUGGAGGCUGAACAAGCCAAGCGAGAGGGAAUCAUCGUCAUUGCCGUUGGUGUUGGCACCCAGAUCUUUAGAGACGAAUUGCGACAGAUCGCUACCAACGAAAGGAAGCUGUUCGAAGUGUCCGACUUUGCUGCUUUGCAACAAAUAAUCAUCGCCAUUAGAGAUUUAAUUUGUCAAGUUAUUACAACCACCCCACCCAUGCCGACGACCACCCCUCAACCUGUCACCACCACACUGGAACCAAUUCCCGGAUGUGAUGUUCCAGCUGAGAUCAUGUUCAUGCUACAAGGUUCACAGGGCUUGAACGGGCAAAGCUGGGCGGAGAGUAAGGACUUCCUCAGCACAAUGGUCAACAACAUGUACGUUAGUCCAAGCGCGCACCAUUACGGUAUGAUCGUGUACGGCAGUGGAAUCGGAGAUCACGUGGGACUUCAGCCUUAUAAAGACAAGUUCUCAUUACAAAACUACUUCAACUCUCUGAUGAAACCAGCAACGCCUGGAUCCAAUGUUGCCGAAGCUUUGAAGAAAAUGCGAGAAAUGUUCCGAGAACAAGGUCGACCGUCAGCUCCGAAGAUUGGAGUAAUGAUAACAAACGAACCGACGUCAUCCCCACGACUCUCAAUGGCCGAAACAGAUCUAGCCAAAACAGAGGGCGUCAAACUCUUCACUGUUGGAGUUGGCAACUUAGUGGACAGAAAUGAGUUGUUGAAUACAGCCACGAGCGAAAGACAUGUUCUUCUUACACCAAACACAAUGAGUUUGAACUCGAUUUUGCCAAAUCUUCGUCACUUGAUAUGCGAAGAAAUUCAAAGACCUGUCACUCCACGCCCUCCACACCCAUCUCACAACUUUACAAGUUUGUGUGCCGGUUGCCUGUAUGACAAGGGAACAGGAUAUAACUUCUUCCCCGGUGACUGCAGUAAAUUCGUCCAGUGUUGGGAGGACAAUGGCUAUGUUCACGGUGUUGUUAAGGAUUGUCCAUUUGGAGAGUUCUGGGAACAAAACGAACUGAAAUGUAAACCAUCAAUACAUGUCCACUGUAACAUGGACUCCUGUUUACAAGCUCCCAACGGAUUCACUUACGGUAUGGACAGCAGUGGAUGUCGCGCCUAUUGGGUUUGUGUCAAUAGCCACAGUAUUGGGUCAUGCUGUGCCCCUGGAACUCACUACGUGGAGGGAAUGGGAUGUAUGAGAGGACUCGCCUGUAACGAACCUUGUCCUCCGGGUGGUGGAAAGAUUUUUACACCUUGCAAGAAACAGCCACACUGGGACAGAAGGUUCUACAUGGAUGAUGUUCCACAACAGAAAAUUGUACGUCACUGUGCGCCAGGAACAAUAUUCAGCAAAGAGUACUGCACUUGUAUUCCUGAUAUGGAGGGUUUAAUACCAGUGCUCCCUGGAGAUCAGUGUAAAGCUUCAGCAUAUCUUCCAUUUGACGUGGAUUUGAAAGAUAAGUCAGGAUCCAACACAGCAAUAAUGGCUAGAGAAGUUACUGUCACGCCAUACGGCAGUGCUCAUUUCACUGGAAAUAGUGCUUUGACCAUGUACAAAUAUGCAGACGCAACACUGGGUGACAAGCUUUUAAUCAGCUUCAAGUUCAAAUUUGAUCGAUGGCCCGACAGUUUAGACCAUGCAGGAAGGGUGGUACAUCUGGAGAAAGGUGAGACACACUGGAGAUUUGACAUCCAGAGCAAGACGUGGACACGUAACAUAACCAUAGGAGGAGGAUGGGAUGCUCAGAGACUUAUGCGCAUGUUUAGGAAGCUGAUGGGUUCAACAACAGCACAGCAGAUGAAUUUGCAUAUGAUAGAAAUUGCUAAUUCUCCUGACUUCAAAGCCUUGCUUCACCAUUUAGGAUUUAUGCCUGAUGCAACAAAUGCUCUUCAAAUCCUCCGCAUUUUAUUUUCUGGACAGGCUUCCGGUUUGAUUAAUCAGAUAUUACAGAAAAUUGGACAUGUCCAUGGCUCUACAGAAAUCAGAAGGCUGUUGUAUAAUCUUCUUCGUAUUGAGGGAAUGAACAAAUGGAUAAGAGAUCAUACUGGAAACAAUCAUAAACAUGUGCUGAUCAACUGGCAGCGUUUCCUGAAUUCCCUUAAUCUCAAUGACAAAGACUGGAAUAAAGGCAAAAUCUAUGGAUUUAAUGUCAACCAUAACAUGGGAAAACUUAUUGCAGAUCUCUGGAGAAUAUUCGUUAAUGAAAGAGGCAUGAACACAAGGGAUUGGAGGGAUCUCCUCAAAAUUACCUUUGCCCCUGAUAAACACAGCCACUUGGGAAUUGAGUUCAUGAAUGAAAUUGAAGGAGUGCUUGGUAGAAACAGAACAAUAAAGGAUCUUUGGUUUGACUUUUUGAAAGGAAGAGGUGUUAGCGUUUCCAUUUUUGGAAAUUAUAGCGGAAGUGGAGAGGGACAUAAAAAUAAUCAAAAACAUCAGCACUUCCUCCGGUACAUAGAAGAUUUAGUAAAAAGUGGAAAAGGUGGGAAAAUGUUGAACUACAUAUUGGGUGGAGGAAAAGUUCAAACCGACCACGGAGGCUUCACACAUGAUGGUCUCGGACACAUUGCAGAUAUAUGGAGGGAAUAUGUAACUGAUACUAGACUCGAUCAAGACAGCUCCAUGUAUCCAUAUCUUACAUGGACUCGGACCGGUGGAGGAACUGGUGGACGUAGAACAGAUAUAUUUAUUGAUGAACUAAGAAAUGUUUUAGGCAACGAUACUAUACGUACUCAUUUCCUUGACUUCAUGAAAAAAUAUGAUAUCAACAUAGUGGGUACGAGUAAGGGAUGGAGACUUGAACGUGGUGGCCCUACAAAUGAUGCAGGUGCUUGGUUAUAUUGGCUUUUUACUCAGACUGGAGGAACAAAAGGUGGAUCUGGAAUAAACACAUCCACUUUGUGGCCCUGGCUAUCUGGAGUCGAAGGGUUAGAAGGAUUGGAUUUGAGUCUGGUAUAUGAAUGGAUAUUUGGUCCAGGUGGGUGGAAUAAUGGUGGACGGAUAGGAAUAACCACUAACGGUAUAAUCACUCUAGCGGAACUAUGGAAGCUAUAUAUGGCAGAGAACCCGUUAGAUAGAAAUAAGUGGGGCAAUAAACUCAUUUGGACAUUGCGUAGUGGUAACAAUGGUUACAGAGAUAAUUAUUUGUUACUUAGAGAAAUGAGACACAUUUUAUCUAACCAAGGCAUGCUUAGAGGGUGGCAAGAAUUCUUAAAAACACAUAACUACAAUAUAGUACUUAAUAAUAACGGUUGGGAUAUAAUUAAAGGCGGGUCGCGCAAUGACCUUGCCGCGUUCAUUACAUGGCUUUUCGUCGUGGUUGACGAAAUGGAGAGCUCGGAUGUUGGAACAGACUUUGACUGGAUAUUUGGAAACGACUGGAAAACGGGAAUUACAAGUACUGGAAUUCAGAAUCUCGCUCAACUGUGGACAACAUUCAUGAGAGAAACAAAUAUCGAUAAAAAUACUUGGGGGAAUGUACUUUUCUGGACCCUUCGAACAAACACUGGUAAACCAGGACUACAGGACUAUAUUUUACUCCUUCGAGAAAUGCGGCAUAUUCUUGCAGAUGACUUUUUGAGACAACAGUGGUUGGAGUUCCUUUCGAGACACAAUCACAAUAUUGUUUUGACACACAAUGGCUGGGAUAUAGUUAAAGGUGGAUCUCAGAACAACAUUGCUGAAUUUAUUUUCUGGCUUUUUGCCACUGUGGACGAAAUUGAAAGUUCCGCCCCUGGAACCGAUUUCAGCUGGAUAAUAAGCAUUACAGGUUCAAACAAUUUAAGAAUAAGUAUAACUCAGAAUGGACUUCAAAGUUUAAUGAAUCUUUGGGAUAUGUUCAUCGCAGAAUCAAACUUGGACAGAAAUUCAUGGGGAAAUGUUUUAUUUUGGACUUUACGUGCUCCGACAGACACUGUACAAAACAAGCAUUACAUUUUGCUUUUGAAAGAAAUGAGACAUGUGUUAGCAGAUAAUACUAUGAGAGGCAGAUGGCUUCAAUUCCUCUCGAAACAUAACUACAACAUAGUAUUGGUCACAGAAGGGUGGGACAUCGUAAAAGGUGGAUCUAUAAACGACGCAUCUGCUUUCAUCUUCUGGUUGUUUAACAUCGUAGACAGUAUUGAGAAUUCGUCUAUCACUGAUAUUGAUUGGAUCUUCAUUCAGGGAAAGCAGAGCUGGGAUCGAUUCCACGGAAGAGGAUUUAAAAUAUCGGGUUUACAAAAAUUAGUGGUGCUAUGGGAGCAGUUUGUGUCACAUAUGCACAUCGAUACUUCUUUGUUUAACAACGCCAUGCAAUGGACAAACAGGAAGAAGACCACCGGUGAAGUUACCCAUCAAGAUUAUCUUCUUUUCUUCCGUGAAAUGAGACACUUGCUAGACAACGAGAUGAUUAGAAAUCAGUUCAUCGAUUUCAUGACCAACAGUGGAUACAACAUCGUGUUAACAACCGUGGGAUGGGAUUUGGAACUUGGUGGAACACGCAAUGACAUCGCUGGAUUUAUCUAUUGGCUUGUUACAACUGUUGACCUCAUUGAGUCGUCGGUGCCAGGGACGAUAAUUGAUUGGCUGUUUAUCACGGAUGUUACGUCGUAUAUCGGUUCAUCUUGGAUAGGGGGAACUUCCAGUGCCUCUGCGACUGGAGGCAUCAGCGGUCACCACGUGAACUCGGCUUUUGGCGAGGGCUGGUCUAAUAUACUCUUUGGCGGUCCUUCUGGUUCUCAUUCAGGCGGAAGUUCGGGUGGUUCAUCCACCGAGUCUUUAGACUCUAUUUUGAAAAGUCUCUCUACUGGUUUCGCAGGUGGCUCUGGUACAAGUUCCAUGCAGGACAGUCUAGAUUACUAUGGAGGAGGAUAUGGCAUGGGGGAUAUGCUCGGUUUAUUGGCUGCGGAGGACUUGAUGAGGAAGAAACGAUCUACCGAUAAUGUACGACAAAAACGCCAGGCACACUCAUCUUUCCACUAUCAGUCAUUGGUUGGCAAUUGUUAUGGAAACAACCCUUCCAUUGACAUUGCAGCCAAUGAACAGAACGUAAAAAUGACUUUGGUAACUAUGGGCAGCAGUCAGCCAGGGGAACUUAUCCUGCCAAUAGUUAAAGGAUGGAAUGAAGUUACUUUAGUGUACAAUGGAAGAGAUAUGCAUGCAAUGGUCAAUAAUUGGCAAGGAGAAAAGAAGCAAUCCAUACCAAUGAGAGGAAAUAUUCAGUCCAGACCAGAAGGAAUUUCACUCGGUUCCUGUCCAAAAUAUGACGGUCUCAAAGGGAAAAUAGAUGACUUUGUGUUUUAUGAGUGCAUACCAUUGGCUAUACAGAACAAGAUUGGACGGUCGUAGCCGUGGCAUGUGAAAACCUUUUUUUAUUCCUCUCCCUCCCUAUGACAACAAGAGGAAUGUUUACAUCAAUCAUCAUUUUUCAUCUUCAUGGGAUGUGCAGUUAACAAGGACUGAAUACUUCCACCCGACGGAACAAUGUUAUAGUACCAUAUUCUGGGGCUCCUGAAAACCCCAGCUAUAAACAACUCUGACAAAAUAGUUUGUCUCAUUAACAUUAUACUUACCUAAACAGAACAAUAAAAUCAUUCCUUACAAAUAUGGUGCUUUAGUCCCAAGGUAAUAGAAACUGUUGACGUGUAAAAUAAAUCAUAUUUACCGAGUAA